AUGGCGUCACAAUUGGGCUUCACCAUAUCCUUUCUAGUUUUCUCUCUCUUCAAGCACUCAUGUAUACCUUCUCUUAUAUGUGACCUGAAUAUAUCACUUGCUGUGGCCAUGGAGACCGCUCCGCUCACCUUGGCCCAUACCCAUGCGCGCAAUGCAGUCCUCGAGACUCGCAAAGCAAAUCCCGUAGCAGCGAGCGAGGAGCACGACCUCGCCGCUGGCGAGUUUUCGACUGCCGCUAAUACCAGCUCUGACCGCGAGGCCCUGAGGACUCUUCAGCUACUAGAAAGACAUCACAAAAAACUCGCAGAGAUUCUUCGUUUUCAGCAUGAAAAUCCUUCGAGUGCUUCAGCGGCAGAGACUACAUCUUCGCCUGCCACUACACCGGGGUUGAAUGCCCAGCAACCGGUUGCUCAGCAGCCUCCAAGACUUUCCGGGAAUAAAAGGCUGUCAACAAGAGAGGCCUCAUCUUCAAUCGCGAGUAAUCUGGCCUCCGCACGGGGGAUUCCAUCGCAUCCUCGUCGGGCCUCCCCUGCAUCGCCUACGCUUUCCUCGCAGCAGGCCGGGGCCAAGAUGACAGACAGCCCGCCCAGGGCCAGGACGGGUGAAUCGAAACUACGAGGCACGCAAUAUUAUCCAACUAAGGACCGCACAGGUCGUGUAUCAGCACCAAAACAACCAUGGUCCCCGCCAAGCAUCAGCCCUACGGAUAUCACGUCCCAACAGGUUGUCCCUGUAGAUGCAGUCGACUCCCCGCGACAGAAGCGGAUUACGGAAGAGCCUUUCCAGCGCUUUUAUUCCACUUUUGAAGGCUUGAUCUCCAAGAUAUCUGCACCCCUGGCAUUCGCAGGUCUCCCGCUGGGAACAGAUGCAAACCAGGCAGAAUCCACGAAAGGCAAAUCCUCCGCGGAAACGAGACUGGAUCGUCAACAGGCCAUCUCUGACCGCCCCAGCACAUCUACAGAGCCAGACGUCAGCAAAAUAUUCUCCAAGGCUGCCUUGCGAGCCGUCCGCGACGGAACGAAUGGGGCCCCGAACACUACCGCGGAAUCAUUCUACGUCGUCCCGACGACUGGCGGAACUGUCUCAUACGCUGGAAUACUAAGCAGAGCUGAAAAGGAAGCGCGAAGAAAUAGCUUUGAAGAAGUCGAUGAAGACUUUGUCGAUGCCCGAGAAACCCCAUCCCCAGAAAUGCGCCACAGCAUGACAGGAGCCAAAUCCAGGGUAGCCCGCGGUGCAGAUAAACUCACAAGCCUACAAAACCCCAAAACACUGGAAGAGUUGCAAAUGGAGAAUCAAGCCCUAAAACACCUAUCAGACACACUCUCGAAACGUCUACACAUGUGGGAAGUCAACGCGCAGUCUUCCUCAAUGGCUCUGCAACAAUCCAUACGAGCAAUGCACCACCUUCCCUCCCCAGAACACCACCCCCUACCGGCACCGUCCGGAGGAUCAGCCGCUACAUCACCCAUUGCACCGCUCACCGCUGGUCCAUCAACGACAGACCACGAGCAACGCAUAAAGGAACUCGAAGAACUAGUCCGUACCAGCGAGAAAGAACUCGGUCAGGCGGGCCGUGAAAACGAGAAAUUACGAAAUGUGCUUGGUCGAUACAGAGAACGGUGGGAGAAGUUGAAAGAGGGCGCGAAGACUAGACGGGAGACUCAGGCUCAGGCUGCACAGCAAAGCAGGGAUGAGAAUGCUGCUGCUGCGCCUACUACGUCUACUCCUGCCGCCGCCGUCGCUCCUGUCGACGACGACAAAACGACCCAUCUCGGGGCGCAAGAGGAUCACGAGACUUCAUCGAGGCCAAAUGAGAACGCCGAUGACAGUGCGGAGCAGGAACAUCAAUCCAAAGACGUCUCUGAAGAUUAG